AUGAUUCCAUCAGAGAUUAAUUCUUCCAUUUCCUCUACCAUGGAUGGUGCGAGUGGAAUCAAUUUGGAGCUUUCAAAGAAACUGAUACAAUCCUACACGCCUCCAAAUGGAGGAACCACGAAACGAAUUCCUAACGACACAGCGAAAGCAAUCUCGGAGUUGCUUCGGAUAUUUGUAGUGGAGACUCAAGCUCGUGCAUCAGUGGAGGCCGAGUGCGAUGCCGUGGAAGACGCAGCGAAUGGAGGACUUGCAAAUAUUCGAGCAGACCACAUUACAAAGGUUGCAGUGGAACUACUUUUAGAUUUUUCUUGA